AUGGACUAUGAUGAGAAUAAUUAUUAUUAUCAACUCAUUCAAUUAGUCGGUUUAUUGUAUUAUGCUGGUGAUGUUAUUGGAAGAUUUGUUGAAAUAUUUGCAAAACCACAUAUUAAAGUAGUAUUAAUAUCAAGUGUUAUUAAUGUUUUGAUAGCAACAAUAACCAUCUUACCGGUUUACUUUUGUACAGCAGGGAAUAUUUCACAUGCAACUAUAGCCGAAAAAGUUAUGUUAGGCUAUGCACCUUUAUUGGGACUGGUUAAUGGAUUUAUUGUUUCAUGUGCUAUCGAAUAUUCAAUUUCUCAAGUUGAACCACGUUUGGCUGUGGCUUUAGUUUUACUUUUUUUAUAUCUUGGAAUAUUUGCAGGAGAUAUAAGUCAAUUAUUAACAUCAGGAUUAGAUUUAUAUCUUUCAUCAUCUCAAAAAGAUUGUUCUCCAACUUUUGUCUAA